CAUGAGGCUUUGCGGGUGGGCGCCAGGAAGGACCGGUGGUUGGAGACCCGAGCAGCGGUUGCGCUUGUUCGCGCUUAGGGGCAUCAUGUCCCGCGUGUCGGUGCCCUGCCAUGUGAAAGGCACCGUAGCUCUACAGGUGGGCGACGUGCGGACCUCCCAUGGCCGGCCUGGCGUGCUGGUCAUCGAUGUCACCUUCCCCAGCGUCGCGCCCUUCGAGUUACAGGAGAUCACAUUUAAGAAUUACUACACAGCCUUUUUGAGCAUCCGCGUCCGUCAGCAUACCUCGAUGCACACACCGGCCAAGUGGGUGACUUGUCUGCGGGACUAUUGUCUGAUGCCCGACCCACACAGUGAGGAGGGAGCCCAGGAGUAUGUAUCGCUGUUCAAGCACCAGAUGCUGUGUGACAUGGCCAGAGUACUGGAGCUACGCCUGAUUCUUCGGCAGCCAUCACCACUGUGGCUGUCUUUCACAGUGGAGGAGCUGCAGGUUUAUCAGCAGGGACCAAAGAGCCCCUCCAUGACCUUCCCCAAGUGGCUCUCCCACCCAGGCCCCUGUGAGCAACCUGUCCCCCUACUUGAGGGUCUCCCAGACCCCAGCAGGGUAUCCUCCGAGGUGCAGCAGAUGUGGGCGCUGACAGAGAUGAUCCGGGCCAGUCACACCUCUGCAAGGAUCGGCCGCUUUGAUGUGAGUGAUCGCUUCCCUCUGCUUGGCUUAUACUGCCCUGAGCGGGUCAGACCUGAUGGUCUUUUGUGUUGCAGGUGGAUGGCUGUUAUGACCUGAACUUGCUCUCCUACACUUGAAUGGUUGCUCCUAGCCAAGAUAUUGGCCUUUCUGUGCUCAUCCAGGCUUGUUUUGGGCCACCAGAGGCCGAAGUGUGUUCCCUGUGCAUUCUGAGUGUUGCCUGCAUGCCUGUACUGUCUGGGCCAUGUUCACAGAUUCAAGAUUCUUGGGGGCUUACUGUAUUGCUUCAGCAUGAACUCCUAGCAGGGAUGCACUCUGUCUUCACCUGGCUGCAACCCAGUUCUUUCUUCUUCUUCUACCCUAACAACACUCCAGUUCUACUUACUAAGAAUCCUCAAGGACCCUCUGUCCCUCCUGCCAAUAUUCACACUCCUGCCUUCUGCCUGCUCCUUCACCCUAAAUGCAGUUAGGCUGAAAAGACCUAUUAAAACCUGCUCCAUCUAACCUGGAAGGCCAUUGCUGCCAUGGCAUUCUUGUAGAUUGGGAGGCUUUAGGAAGAAACAGAAACCCCAUUUCUUCCUUUGUGCCCCCUAGUGGCGUUCUUUCCCUUUGUGUUAUGCCCACAAAAAGAAAUUUCUUGUCUAAACUCUUCUGCUGUCUGCCUAGGAAACAAAAUUGAGGAUUUGGGUAGCUUGAGUCCCUCUGUCCCUGAGCUAGCUCCUGGAUAUAUGUUCAAAUGCUUGAGUCCACUGGGCUUAGGCAGGUGCCUCUGGCAAGGUGGGGGCCUGAGAAUGAGACCUGGGACCUGUCUGCCAAGUGACACAGCCCAAAGCAUAUCCCUGUCCUUUCUCCCAAGUACCCCUUUCCGAGAGUCAUGCUCAGCAUGAUGAGAGAUCAACCUUGGUGGGGGGUGGGGCCAAGUGAGGGUUCUCAUUUGUGCCUUUUAAGAGACUGAGGUCUUCCAUUACCACAGGCCAACUGUUGAAUGAUGCAGGCUGCUCUUCAUGAGAAAAUCCUGCUUCCCUCUGGUUCUUCCUUGCAUUGUCCCUGGGGAUUAUUAUGAAACAGUACUGCAAUGUGUUUUGGAUCUGGACAAUUGGACAUGUGUAUGGCUUAACAGUUAUUUGGAGGAAGUUCAGCCACUUUUUGGUGGCCACCCUCUGCUCUCACCCAUGAGUUCUUGUAGGUGGUGUCUUUACCCACAGGGUCACUUAUUUAGCCCCAUUCAGCAUCUUCUAAAAGGGUGAUAACCGAAGUCCUGUGUUCAGGGAGCAAGGGUCCUCAGUGUGUUUGUCAGUGAAGAGGACCCUGGGGUAGCAGGGAUCAUGCUUCAGUCAUGGCUGUGUCCCCAGCACAGGGGCUGUUAGGCAGCAAGAUCAAUAAAUACUUGUGAAAUGCA